AUGAUGCAUGCUUUUAGAAAAAUGCUAUAUGCACAAACUUAUGAAGAGGCACAAGAAAAAUAUGUCGAAACUAUGAAUAUUAGAAGUAACUAUCCUAUGUGGCAAAAAUAUAUCACUGUGCAUCAUUGGAAAUACAAAGAAAACUGGUGUUUAGCUUGGAGGGAUCAUACUAAUAGAGGCCAUCAAACCAACAAUUUUAGCGAAGUAUCAGUGAGAAUUUUUAAGGAAAACGUAUUUGGUCGUGUGAAAGCAUACAAUGUAAUUUCAUUGAUUGACUUUUGUUGUACAAAAUUGGAGGAAUACUAUAAAAAAAAAUUUUCAGAAUUUUCAAAUGAAAGAAAUUCUACUGCUCGGCUGUUUUUUAAAAAAUUAAUUAAACAAACUGAUUAUAUCACCAAAGAAGAUAUUACUGUAGACAAUGAAGAAUUUUAUGUCCCAAGUGAAAAAAAUAAAAAAAUGAUGUAUUGUGUUGAACCAAAUAUUGGUGUUUGUUCAUGUGAAGCAGGUAUUCAUGGACAAUUUUGUAAGCACCAAUGCAUAAUUUAUAAAUAUUUUAAAACAACUGGAAUUAAUUUUCCUCCAAUAACAGUUGAAGAUAAAUAUUUAAUAUCUAAACUUGCAUUAGGUGAUAGAGCUCCGCCACCGACGUUUUAUGAAAGUUUAAUACCAACAGAAACUCUGCAUCAACAUGAUGAAACAAAUAAACAUAUUCAAUACUAUGAACCUAAUCAAAUAGUUGAAUGUAAUAAAGAAGUUAGUAUUGAAAAUAAUAUGAAAAUUGAUAAGCAAAUAGUGGAUACCUUCAAAGAGGACAUGGAUAAAAAAAAAUCAUUUUUAAUUUUAAAAGAUAUACAUAGUAUAAUGAUUAAUAAUGUUACAAAGUUUGGGGGUUCAUCUUAUGAUAGCUUAUUAAAAUUUAAAAGCAGAUUAGAAAAAAUUAAAUCUGAAGGACAGUUUAAUACUUUUCUGGCCACUGCAGGGUCUAAAUCAACUUUACUGAGACAAAGAGAUGGUGCAGCUAUAAGAGUUCAACCAACAACCAUUUCACAGAGGAAACCUGGUAUGACAAGAGGAAGUAAACGCUUACCUUCAGGUAGACCUGCUUCAACAGACCACAGUCACCAAAAAAAGAAACCAAGAAAUUUAUUUAAAAAUGUAUCUGAUUGUGUACCAAAUGCAAAAUCUCAUUAAACUAUUAUAAAUAUUUAUUAUUAUUAUUA